GGGAUUUUAAGUUUUAACCCAUUAUGUAUUCAUCUUUUAAGGAAAGAAGUUUAGUUUUAGAAUUGGCGCUACUUGAAGCUCCUCCACUGAUUCAUUCUGAGACACAAUAGAUAAGAUAAGGCCUCUCCUCUCCCACCGCCGUUGCAACAUUCAUCAUUCUCUAAUGCUAUCUCUACAAACUCUACACUCCACCGUCCCUUCUCCACCAUGCCUUCUCUUCCCCCACCCCACGCGCCGCCGCCAUUGCCUCCACUUCCGCACUCGCCGACACGUGUACUCCCGCCGGGACCUCCUAAUAAACAAUCUCAACGGACCCGAUCAAACUGCUCCUAGAACACUCUUCCCUGGUGGAUAUAAACGACCAGAAAUCAAAGUACCGAGUUUAGUACUAAGCCUUAGCUGUGAAGAUGUAUUGAGAGAUGAUAAGACUGUAGUUGAUGAGAUAGAUAAGGCGGUUUCGGGUUCGGGUCGGGUUGAUGUUGUGGUGCUAAGUGGUGGUGGAGCGAGUAGUGGGAAGUUGUAUGAGGCUGCGUGUUUGUUGAAGGAUGUGAUUAAAGGUAGAGCUUAUUUGUUGAUUGAUGGACGUGUUGAUAUUGCUGCUGCUGUUAGUGCUAGUGGUGUUUUGCUCUCUGAUCAAGAUCUUCCUGCUAUCGUGGCCAGAAACACAAUGAUGGAUUCAAAAUCUGAAGAGUUAGUAGUUCUUCCUUUGGUAGCAAGAAUUGUACAAACACCUACUGCUGCAGUGGAUGCCUCGAACUCUGAAGGAGCUGAUUUUCUUAUAUAUGAAGUUGGUGGCAAUAGCGAACCUGGGGAGCUGGUGAGCUCUGUGUUUCAGAAUGUGAAAAUUCCUGUUUUUGUAAUGAUUGGUUCACUUGGGGAUCAGAAGUUGUUCAACGAAGCAUCAAAUUUACUUGAAUCAGGGGCUAGUGGAAUAGUUAUUUCGAUGGAAGAUUUGAGGUCUGUGGGUGAUGAUGAUUUUGGCAGACUGUUUUUCAGUGCAUAUGCUUUGAAGAAGAAAACAGAGGAAAAAUCUCAAAGUAACAGUCAGCUUAAAGUUUCGGACUUGGGGAAUGGCUUUCCUGGUAGGAAGGGGGUGGCUGGCUUUAUAGACUUGCGAGAUAGAGAAGAACAGUUGCUGGGAAAAGAGAAACUGGUUUUGCGCGAGACCAUAAAUGCUAUUGAGAAAGCUGCUCCAAUGAUGGAAGAGAUCUCACUUCUCAAAGAUGCUGUUUCUCAACUCGAUGAACCAUUUUUACUGGUUAUAGUGGGAGAAUUCAAUUCUGGAAAAUCUACUUUCAUCAAUGCUCUUCUUGGGAAAAAGUACUUGAAAGAUGGGGUUGUUCCUACAACCAAUGAGAUCACCUUUUUGCGCUAUUCGGAUGUUGACGACUCGCAGCAUUGUGAAAGGCAUCCAGAUGGUCAAUAUGUUUGCUACUUGCCAGCUUCAGUUCUUAAAGAAAUGAUUAUUGUUGAUACUCCAGGAACCAAUGUGAUUCUUCAAAGGCAACAAAGGCUGACGGAGGAAUUUGUGCCUCGUGCAGAUCUGCUUCUGUUUGUCAUGUCUGCUGAUCGACCAUUAACUGAAAGUGAGGUUAGUUUUCUGCGUUACACUCAGCAGUGGAGUAAAAAGGUCGUGUUUGUGCUGAACAAGUCUGACAUAUACCAGAAUAAGGGCGAGUUGGAGGAGGCCAUUGCAUUUAUCAAAGAAAAUACACGGAAAUUGCUGAAUACUGAAUCCAUAACACUGUAUCCAGUAUCUGCACGGCUUGCUCUUGAAUCAAAGCUUUCUACUUUUGAUGGUGCGCUUAGUCAAAUCAAUGGGAGUUCAAAUAAUGAUUCUCACUGGAAAACCAAGAGUUUCUAUGAGCUUGAGAAGUACUUGUCAAGCUUUUUGGAUUCAUCUACAAGUACAGGAAUCGAGAGAAUGAAGCUGAAGCUCGAAACUCCAAUUGCCAUAGCAGAACAACUACUUUCAGCUUGUCAAGGACUUGUGAGACUAGAAUGCCAGCAAGCCAAACAAGACUUGCUGUUUAUUGAGGAUCUUGUCAAUAGUGUAGAGCAGUGCACAAAGAAGCUGAAAGUUGAUAGCAUUUUGUGGAAGAGGCAGGUUCUAUCUCUGAUAAACUCUGCUCAAGCACGUGUUGUCCGGCUUGUAGAAUCAACUUUACAGCUGUCAAAUGUUGAUCUUGUCGCUUCAUAUGUAUUCAGAGGAGAAAAAUCUACUCAAAUGCCAGCCACCAUUAGUGUCCAAAAUGACGUACUGGGUCCAGCGGUUCUUGAAGGACAAAACCUUCUCGGGGAGUACACUAAGUGGUUACAGUCAAAGAGGGACCAGGAAGUACAGUUUUAUAAGCUGUCUUUCGAGAAAAGAUGGACUCCAUUGGUUAAUCCGUCUGACCAGAUUGAGUUGGGCACAACUGGUGUGCUGGAGAGAAAAUCUGAAGUUAGCAUAAGAGUCAUAGAGGAUUUCAGUGCUGCAGCUGCUUCAAAAUUGUUCGAGAGAGAUAUUCGUGAAGUGUUCUUGGGUACUUUCGGUGGUCUUGGAGCAGCUGGUUUAUCAGCGUCACUUCUGACAUCUGUUCUUCCAACCACAUUAGAGGAUCUCCUUGCCCUUGGCCUUUGUUCUGCCGGCGGUUUAUUAGCAGUCUCCAACUUCUCAUCCCGGAGGCAGCAAGUGGUAGAUAAAGUAAAGAGGACUGCUGAUGGCCUUGCACGUGAAAUCGAAGAGGCUAUGCAGAAGGAUCUCUUGGAGACUACUAGGAAUGUGGAGGACUUUGUAAAACUCAUUGGCAAGCCAUAUCAAGAUAGAGCGCAAAACAGGCUGGAUAAAGUUUUGGCGACUGCAGAAGAAUUGGCAAAUAUUGAGAAGAAACUGAAAGCAUUGCGAAUUGAUAUCCAAAAUCUCCAUGUUUCAUAACAGGUGGAGUACCUUUUACCUUUUUUUAGAGCUCAUAAUUCUUUCACAUAGGCUAUUGUAAUAUCUAUAUAUAGUGUUCACUAUUUCAUGUCAACAUUGUAACCAGUUGUGUAUAAGCAAUUUGAUUAAACUGAAAGAAAUAAUCUGGACUUGAAUGCCA